AUGAAUCUCUCAAAGUUCUUCACGACUUUUCUCCUUUCUGCCCUGGCGGCGUCUCAUCCCCUUCUCGAGAGAGAUGAGCUCCAGGAAAGAGCUCAAUUCCAAGAGACAGGCUUCAUCAUAGACCAGCACAACCGGGCGAGGGAUCUCAUGAUUGCGUUAGAGAAGACAGAGCGACAAGAUAGGAUCGUUCAGAAUAUUCGACAGAAGGAGAUGAAGACAGUUUGGAAUCUGAACAAUGGAAGCUUUGCUGGCGAGAUGUUCGCCUUAGCCCGCCCAAAGAUCGCAAACACGACCUUGUGGAAAGUCGUCCAACGUAUGCCGAAAGGCGCUUUACUUCAUGCGCAUCUCUCAGCCAUGCUCCCUUACAACACUUUGCUUUCUUCCGUCAUCUCCGUGGAAGGGAUGCUAUUCAAGACCACAAAGACUAUUGGCACCGCGGAAGGGCGCAUUGCAUCUCAGCCUACGUUCUUACCGCCAAACUCUGCCACCGUCAGCCAGUGGGCCGACAUCGCCUCCGCAAACUACACAGGCCAGGUUGUGACUGUCACAACUGCCAUCGAGCAGUUUCCCGGGGGAGAGCCUGCGUUCCGCGAUUUCAUCAUGAGCAAGUUGGUGCUUGCUCCCGACGUGGCGAUACAGCACGAAUUAGGAGUCGAUGAAAUUUGGCGUCGCUUCCAGCCCUUGUUUGGCACAGCAGGGACUAUGCUGAUCUACGAGCCCGUUGUACGAAGUUUCUGGAGGAAUCUCUUUGACGAACUCGCGAGAGAUAGGAUCAGCUGGGUUGAGAUCCGUUCUGGAGGCGCGGCGGGCAAGCUGGUACUGACUGGGGCACCAGCAUCGGAUGACACUGACGGUAAGAAAUGGUGGGGUCUCAUGGAGGAAGAGCUUGCCUACUUCAAGGGUCAGCACAACGAUACCUUACAAACCGACGCUACUCUAGCUCCCUUUUACGGUGCUCGGGUUAUUUGGGCAGACCAGCGAUCUAAGCCGACGGAUCAGAUCCUAGCAAAGGCUAAUGAUUGUUGCGUAGGCAUGAAAAGUGCGUUGGAGCUGAAAAACCACUUUUCAGAGCUAUUCAGCGGAUACGAUUUAGUCUCCCAGGAAGACCUGGGCCGUACGCUGCUCGAUCUUGCGCCGGAGCUAUUGUGGUUUCAGCAGGAGGCGAAGGAGAAAAAUCUCACCAUGCCCUUCUUCCUCCACGCAGGGGAGACACUCGGCGAUGGUAAUUCGACCGAUCUCAAUCUGUUCGACGCUGUUCUUCUGGGGACACGAAGGAUCGGCCACGGAUUCUCGCUCUACAAGCAUCCCGAGUUGAUCCAUGCUGUGAAGAAGAAUAACAUCAUGGUUGAGGUGUGUCCCAUCUCCAAUGAGGUACUUCAGCUGGCUACGGAUAUUCUGCAUCAUCCCUUGCCAGCUAUGAUUGCGCACGGAGUCACGACGGCUAUCAGCAACGAUGAUCCUGCAAUGCUGGGACAGGACGCCGCCGGACUGAGCUACGACUUCUAUCAGGUCAUUCAAGGGUUUGAUAACGUUGGCCUCGCUGGACUGGGUGCCCUUGCGCAAAACAGCCUGCGCUGGUCCAAUUUUGAAGACCAAGAUGACAAGGAAUGGGCGUUGGAUAUCGACCUGGGUGAAAUAGGAAAGGGAACGAAGGGCCAGCGCAUUCAAGAGUGGAAUGUUCAAUUUGAUUCCUUUUGCCAGGAAAUUGUUAAGGAUUAUGGCGCGACAUAUGGAGGUUGA